AAAUGUUGCAGAGAGCAGCAUCAAAUGUGUCAGACAAAACAAAGAGCAGCAAACCAAAGCGCUCCACCAGCUUCGGACGCUUCGAAGGCCUCAGACAUCACUCCUCACACGCAAACCCCGAGGAAAAUGGAACAAAUACGCUCAGAGACGAGGCCGCAAGUCCAGACCCGAGCAAACCCGCCAGCCUCGGCAAGAAGAUGAAGGAGAUUUCGCUCACCAUGCGCAGGAAAAUGGGCAAAAAGCACGCCAAGUCUCUGUCCGAGGAGACGUCAGAGGACGCAGACAAAGACCCCGAGGCAGAGACUGAAAACUGCCCUCCAGCUGAGAGAAGCUCUGAGAAGACGAGCAACUCUUUGGAGAGUCUUUCCAGCAGACAGAGCUGCUCCAGUGGGGUGACCAGUGAGUCCAAUGGUUCUGGGCAGAGAGACAGCUUGAAGCUGGAAGAAGACGGCUCCUACCAGGGCCAGUUCUGCGGCAGGGCCCGGGUCCACACGGACUUUGUUCCCAGUCCGUACGACACCGACUCCCUGAAGCUGAAGGUGGGUGACAUCAUCAGCAUCAUCAGCAAGCCUCCGAUGGGCAUCUGGACCGGUAAGCUCAACAACAGAGUGGGCAACUUCAAGUUCAUCUACGUGGACGUUCUGGUGGAGAGAAAAGAGGAAGAGGAGGCUCCAAAGAUCCGGCAGCAGAAGCUGUGCAGAAAACCUCGGCCCAAAACGCUGCUGGAGCUCCUGGAGCAGCUCAACCUGGAGGAGUACGCUUCAGCCCUGCUGCUGAACGGCUACCAGACUGUGGAGGACCUGCUGCACCUGCAGGAGAAACACCUGGUCGAGCUGAACGUCAGAGACCCCGAGCAUCGCCGGAGGCUGCUGGCUGCUGCCGAGUGUCGCUACGUAGAAGGUGACGACGUCAGCGACUCAGUGGAGCACAGGUCCUCCCUCAGCCAACAGGAAGAGGACAGCGACUGUCCCAGAGACUCGGGAUGCUUCAUCCCAUCCGAGUGCUCAGACACUAAGGAGGACACAGACCAGGUCACAGACGAGGUGGACGCCUGAACUCACUCCACAGAUGAUGGAUUCUGGUGGAAAUAAAAAACCAAGAUAUUCAGACCUGAACUAAUCUUCUCUAAACGUCACCCAUUGUUCUGUCUUCAGGCUUUGCUAAAAUGUAAACAUUUUAUUUUAUUUGACACAUUAAACUCAAGGAUGUAAAGAUCGUCAGCUUAUUUUUUCGCUGCUUUAUCAGAGUAAAAACGGUGUUUUGUUGUUGGUUAGAGUGUUUUUAAGAUGUUAAGA